GUACUGGCCAAUCGCGAGGCACAGUGAGAUGAUGGACGUGACUGUCAGCCAAUGGCAGGAGGGAAGGUGACACGGGAUUGCGGCAUGAGAGAGGUGACAGCGGCCGGGUUUGGAGGACGCUGCUGCCUGUACCGUAAGGACUGAAUAAAUCUCUGAAUCUAAACACAAAGAAUAAGACGCAGCAUUUUCAAGAUUUACAAAGCCCUACAUCACUUUAGUUUUUGGGGGUAUAUAUUUUUACCCUCACUAUACAUUUGUAUAAUAAGUAGACCUGUGUGGUUUUUUUAAUUGAACUCUAGAACAGUGAGGAAGUGAGAAAUCCUAAUGUUUCAAUACUGACAUUCAAAAUAAUCUGCUCUGCUUCCUAAACAAGUAAUUUGAAAUUAUAAGGUGAGGAGCAGCGAGUGUAGUUACUCUGUCAUUGGCAAUACUUCUGUUUAUGAAAUGCGGAGCCUUAUACUAUUCACAAAGAGACAUCCCUGGCUGACAAAUGUGUCAAUUUACGGAUCCCUUUUUGCAACAGCUGAUAUAGUGCAACAGCGGCUUUCAAAAGGACCCAAUGAGCCCAUUGAUUUUAAGCAGACUGCGAAAGUGGGUAUUGUGGGUUUCUGCUUUCAUGCCAAUUUUAACUUCUUCUGGCUGAGAUUCAUAGAAAGAGUAUUUCCAGGGUCUGCCCCCCAGAACGUCAUAAGGAAGGUUGCAUGUGAUCAGCUAAUGGCUGCGCCUAUCACAAUUAGCGCCUUCUACACAGGUUUAAGCCUUCUGGAUGGAGAGGAAGACAUUUUUAAAAACUUGAAAGAUAAAUUUUGGCCAACUUACAAGACAGGAGUAUUGUGCUGGACAGUGUUUCAGACAAUAAAUUUCAGCAUUAUACCACCAUUUGUCAGAACUGCCUACAUUGGGGUAUGUGCCUUUCUGUGGACCACGUUUCUCUGCUAUAUACGGAAUAGAGACAUCGAUCAGGUCACUACACGGUUCCUGCAGACCUUACCGAUGAUUGGUGGUAAAAUGACGUCCAAAACUGAGACCGAAGAGAAGAAAUCUGCCAAAUAAUGAGCUGACCUGAUCUCUUAUCCAGCAGGACACACAUAUCAGACUCUGCAGAGUGUGGGGCCCUCAUAUCUGCACGGCUUGUCCUUUGUCACAUAUACAGUAUGUUCUUAAACCACCUUGGAAUACAGAACAGCGACAUAUUGGCACUUCAGGUCAAGUUAAACAAUGGUUCAGCACUACAGUGAUGCUGCAUUGGUAUUAAUGGUGCUAGUAGCAUACUGUACUUAACUUUGGCAUUUUAGAAAGCUGCAAGACCAGAAAACCGUGGCGUUAAUACUCCAGUGAUGAUAUGCGCAUAACUUGAAAGUGAACGGGGAUCGCCUUCUUAAGUGAUUCCUCUGUAAAAGUGCUGCAUGGUGCUUUCUAUGCACUUUCAUGUUACACUGACAGAGUAGUAUCAUUGUUGUAGAACACCAUGGUUUCCUGGUCAGAAGAUGCCGGCAUGCCAGCACACCUACUUGACUUGUUUUCCUCAAGGGGGUCAUUUGGGAACAAAUUGUGAAGAAUGAACGACCAUGAUUGUCUAUACUCGGAAAUAUUAAUUCAUUGUGCAUUACGUUUUGCAACUUCAGUAUUUUGUAGUCAUUCAGUUUCUGUUUUAGGAAAAUAAUUCCAUAAAAAACUAUUAAAAAACAUAAUUGAUCCUUUCA